GUGUCAGUGCUGUGCGCUCAGUUCCGCGAUGGUCGCGAGGCGACGUGCGUUCUUGUGCGGUGCGAUUGCUAGUCCUCAGCGAUUUCUGUCCGUCGUUGUUUUUCCGAUCUCGAUCAUCCGACAUCACGAUUAUUACAGUUGUGCCCGGACGAUUUGACUUCGAAACCGUAUUCGAAUCAGUAUCAGACUCACUGUCACAUUUGUCUGGAUCAGAUAUUAUACUGGCGUACCUAUAUUAUUAUCCCCGUGAUUUAUAAACGCCUUACUAAGCACCAUAUUUGGUUACCUUUUUCGCGGUCAUAACAAUAUGUCUUACUCGGUUACCGGGGGAGGUGGGGGCGGUCAGACAGCGGUCGCUGCGCUACCACAUGGCUGUUCAACGAUUCCGAACACUCCUGAUGUGAUCAACUCGCUCAUAUCCUUGAUGGAUCCAUUCCAAAAUUUCCCCGGUAACGGGUCACUCGCGUCUGAAGACUCGUCUGGCUCGACGUGUUCCCCCGUGUCGACGUGUUCCCCCGUGUCGACGAGUUCCCCCGUGUCGACGUGCUCCCCCGUCUCGCCGACGUCCAGGAUGCAGAGCAUCUGUUCCAGUCUGAAGAUCAAAGAGGAGCUCAAGAUGGCCAUCCGGUCCAAGCAGAGGAACGCGGCGACGGCGACCGUGACAUCGACGUGCGCCGGCGGAAGUUCGGUGGAGACCGGCGGACCGACCACUUCCGGUGCGUGUGCGAUGAUCGUGGCGGCCACGGCAUCGGCUGGUCUGGUCGCCUCGUCGCCAGGCGGCGGACACGCAAAAAAACGAAGGACCGACGAGGAGUCUCACGGUGACGACGACUACGACGACGACGACGGAGAUGAUGUAUCGUCCCAUGGCGAAGGACUAACAGCCGAGGACGAGGAGAGGAGGAGACGGCGACGGGAACGCAACAAAAUAGCGGCGACCAAAUGUCGGCUGAAAAAACGCGAAAAGACUACGAAUCUGAUGCAAGAAUCGAACGUGUUGGAGACGAAAAACUACGACCUAAAGUCGCAGAUCCAGGAGCUGGAGACCCAGCGGAAUGAACUGAUGAAGAUGCUCUCGGCGCACCCUUGCGCCAAAAGGCACCCUCACCAACACCAACAGCAGCACCACCAGCAUCAACCGCAGCACCAACACCAGCAGCAGCUCCAAGAGCAGUACUCGGUGGAACCUUACGCGACCGACCCCUAUCGCCAACACGGUCACGUGGUCGUUGACCCACCGGUGCUUAAGGACACCAUGUUCAACGGCGGUGGUUACGCCCCUGUGUCCUCGGUGGCCAACCAAUCCGCUGGCGUGUACCACCGACCGGCCACUACGACGGCUGCGUCCAUGGCCACCGGCCACUAUCCCAUUGUAGGCGUCGGGGGUGGUGGUAACGUUUACGGGUCUUGCGUCGACGAACUGUACGAUUAUAAUAAAGACUUGAUUUCUGGCGGGGGUGGAGGACCGCCAGAUUUAAGUCAUCAGUACUACGACCAUGGUAUAUGUUGAUAUUAUGAUGUACACCUACCGCAUAUUUUCUUCUUUUUUUUCACGCCAACCCACCAAAGUCCGAUUUUCAAACAUCGAAAUAUUAUUAUUAUUUUUAUUUUUAUGUUAGUUUUUUACAGUUUAUCUAAUAACAGAAUAUUACACCCGUUACACGGUAAAAUAUUG